CUAUCAAGGUCCGGCAUCGGCGACCCCCACAACGUAUGGUCUAAAUCGCAAUGCGCGCGCGUGGGGGGAGGGGAGACUUUUCAGAGCUCGUCUGUAUAUAACUGGUACGACCUCCACCCCUCCCUCCGUCUCUACAUCCCAACGACAAACCUAUAAAUGUCUUUUCCAUCUGUUUUAAUCAUCGGCUCCGGUGGUGUUGGCACUAUUGCCUCCUACUCGCUCUGCUUCAACAAGAAGGCCACCGUCACGUCUGUGCUCAGAUCCAGCUACGACAUUGUUACCGAAAAGGGCUUCGAGAUUGAUUCAGUGGAUUACGGAAAGGUUACCGGUUUCAGACCACACAACAUUGCCAAGUCCCUUGAUGACGCUGCGCAGUAUGGUCCGUUCGAUUAUGUGCUCGUUUCCACCAAAAAUGUCGCCGAUAUGUCGCCGCUGGUUGCGGAGGUUAUCGCUCCGGUGGUCACCAAGACCGCUGGGGCCAACACCACGGUGGUUUUGUUGCAGAACGGGAUAGAGAUCGAAGACCCUAUUAUCAAAGCUUUCCCAGGGCAUGUCGUUCUCAGUGGGAUUUCCAUGAUUUCUUCCAUUUUGUCUGGUGGUAACCACGUCGAGCAUUCCUACAUAGAGCUGGCCACUAUUGGAUACGUUGAUAACAAAAUUACCCCGGCAACCGAUCAGGAAGCGAUCGCCAAAAAGUUUAUCGAGAUCUACUCCACCCGGAACGCCAAUGGCACCCCGAUCAACCAGAUCACCUACAACGACAACGUCCGCCUCGGCAGGUGGAGAAAGUUGGUUUACAACGCAUCCUUCAACUCCGUCUGCGCUAUGACCAGACUCGACACUACCCGUGUGGCGCUUUCUGGCAAUCGAGAGCAGUGGGUGAUUCCAAUCAUGAAGGAGAUUGUCCUUUUGGCCGAGGCUGACGGCAACAAGUUGCCGGAAACCAUCAUCGACAACAUGGUGGAGGGCGACAAGGAAGAGGAAUACUACAAGCCAUCGAUGCUUGUAGAUGUGUUAGCUGACCGUCCCAUGGAGGUCGAGGUCAUCUUGGGGAACACCAUCCGCAUUGGUGAGAAUUUGGGAUACGGUGACCGAAUUCCUUACUUGAAGCUUGUCUACCGUGUGUUGAAGGGCACCCAGUAUGGAAUCUUGGAGCGCAUGGGUGGGGCCUUCAAGUUACCGGAAUCCAGAGGACUGACAGAGGGAAAGAGCUACGAGGAUUUCAGAUUGACCAAGUAGGUGAGGUGAUAAUAAAUACCGAGAUGGGUUCUGAUUUGUUAUUCAUGUAGAAAGGUGGUAUAUUGAAGGUGUAGCAAAAGUAAAUCAGUAGACAUUGGUAUAUAUAUCUGGUAUGGCGUUUGAAAAUGGCCCUGGAUCCAGGCCACGUUUGAAAGGUCUAUAGAAGUCAUGCCCUUGACCAAGGUUAAAAGUAUCUACUCCAGUUGCGUUUACCAGUGAAC